GUGAACAGGCCAUCCAACAAUCUGAAGAAAUCUCCGGGCUAUCACUUGGACCUCUUCGUGAGAGGAAUAUUGCUGAUGCCACUCUGCGCAGUGCUUGGUUUGCCGAUGUCUGUAGCUUCGACUGUGCCAAGCAUCACUCACUUGAUCUCCUUGACCACCUACGAGGACUGCUGU